UCGAGACAAGUACCGCGCACAGGACAAAAAGACUGGGUUGCGGGGAGCCAAAAGCUCGGGAACGGAAUUCGUCGUCUUUUGCUGUGCAAGAACCCCUGCUAAUAUCGCGGCUGUGUUAGAAGGCGCCCCGUAGCCAAACGCACAGGCUGGCCUAGCAGCACCUCCUGCCCCGGGCCCGCGCCGAGAAUGGCGCCCGACCCAAAGCCCCGCGCGCUGGAGCUCGUCGAGACCGGCGGCUACGGCAGCACGCCGGACGCGCCCGCGACGCCCCACGCGAUGAACACGUCGCCCUGCGCGACGCUCGCCGUGCGCGGGACUCUUGUGGUGAUUGUGCUGGCGAACGUCGUCCUGGUCGCGUCGCUGCUCGCGAUCGGGGGGCGUUAUCCAGCUCUAGUCUCCCCGGGCCUCCUCGCGCUCGGUUUUGGGUUGAGACACGGCGUCGACUGUGACCACAUCGCCGCCAUCGACAACGUGGCGCGGAAGCUGGCCUACUCCGGAAAACCGGCUGCUCUGGUCGGCCUCUGGUUCAGCCUCGGCCACAGCACAAUGGUUUUGCUGCUGUGCGGCAUCGUGGCCACCGGCUCGUCCCUCAUCAGGUCGCGCGUCGACGCCGUCGCGAGCACGGGCGCCGUCGUGAGCGCCGUGUUUUCGUCCGUUACUUUGACGCUGAUCGGGGCGUUCAACCUCGCGACCGUGGGCCCGCAAUUUCGAGCGUGGCGCCGCGCCGCGAACAAACAACAGCGCGAGCACCACCACAACCACAACGCCGAGUUGAUUGAUGAGGGCGAGCAAGUAAGGGUUGAGGUGACGGGCGGGCUGUUCGCGCGGUGCGGCUGCUGCAAGCGGCUUUUGGCAUCGGUCGACGCGGCCUGGAAGAUGUACUUCGUGGGCGUGCUGUUUGGGUUGGGCUUCGAGACGGCCUCUGAAGUUGGUUUACUUGCCUUAGCGGCGGUGGGGCCGAAAGAUGUCCCCGCGCCCCUGGUCAUGCUCCUGCCCGCCUUAUUCACGUCGGGCAUGGCCUUGGUCGACACGUGCGACGGGUUGCUGGUGCUCUUCACCUUCGCGAAGGGCAACGACGGCGACGCCGCGGGCGCUUUACUGUUUGGUGCCUUACUCACGGCGGCGUCGGCCGCGGCGUCGCUCGCGAUUGGGAGCAUCGUUGGCUUGGGGCUCGUGGCCCCGUUCCUGCCGCCGCGCGUCGCCGGGCCGCUCGUGGCGCUCUCGGAGGCAUUAGAUGCGCACACGACGGCCGUCGGCCUCGCGGUCGUCGGCAUGUUCGUGGCUGCGUUGGUGCUGUCCAUGGCGGCGCCGGCGCUGCAUCGGGUCGCCCGGCAGCUGUGCCCGCAGUGCUGCUGCGGCAAGACGCGGCGGCGGCCAUACGCGGAGAUCUCCACCUGACCGCGAUUCGGUUUCGUAGUGUGUGUUAAACAAGCUAAACUUA